UUGGAGCGACCUUCCCAUUCUAAAGUUACGAAAUCGGUGAGAUAAAAAAAUUAGGGAAUGAUUUUUCUCGUGAGAAUGCUCCAGCAAACCACGCAGAACUAAAUUCCCAACUCGAAACCUCGUCUGCUACCCUACCAUAGCGGAGCUUAUCAGCCUCUCCUUAUAAAGAGGAUAUGGAAGAACUCGGCAGUACGAUUGAGCAGAGGGAGAGGCCGGAGACGACGGACGUCGGUGGCAAUGGAGAUAGGCAAGCCAAUAGUGGCAAUACUAAUGGGGAAUCGCUCUCUAUUCCUAGGGGCGGACCCCUUUACGUUCCCAAUUUGGUGAGUCCACUCACCAGUGUUCGUCACUUUCAGUCUUCUCUUCUCCUCGAACUUCAGAAUUUAGAGUUCGAACUCAGUUUGGAUGCAACUCAAGUUGAAGAAGAUAUUUCAGUCGAUGAACUUAAAAUCUUCACUGAUGAAGAGUUAGUGGAUAUGGCAAUGAAGGAAGCAUUUAAGGAAAGUGAAGAUGUGGAAAAGCCUUCAACAGUAGUAGCCAGGGUCUCCAACAGACAAACAGAAGAUGAUCAUGAAAUUUCAAAAGAAAAAGAUGUGUGCUUUGAAAAUUCUGUAAACAAUACAGAUAAAACCGGUGAGAAUGAGAUGGUGGGCGAAAGGAGCUUAAGGAAAAGCAAAAGGAGAAUGGAAAAUAAUCACGCAGAUGAGGCACAGUUCCAGACAGAUGAUAAAAAUGGAUAUUCAGAAGUUUCUGUGAUAGAUACUGCUGAAGCUGGUUGCAAUGGGGUAAUGGGUGGAAGGAGCUUAAGGAAAAGAAAAGGAAGGAUAACACAAGAUCAUGUGGAUGAGGUACAGUUAAGAAUAGAAGAUGAUCACGGAAGGUCAAACAAUGAGAUAAUAAGCAAAAGGAACAUAACAAAAAGAAGAAGCAGCACGGCAAAAAAUCGUGCUGAUGAGGAGGUGUACAUUGCUAAGGUACAAGAACUUGCAAAAAUAAAACAGAAGCAGGAUGAAGAUAAAGCAUCAGUGAGGCUGCACUCAUUCAAUCACAACUGCAGAACAACUAAGUCUGCCACUCCAUCCUUUGAGAAAGCUGAAAGGCUAAAGCCCCUCAGGUCUGCAGCUGCAGGAACUAAGGUGAGGUCAUCAGGUAAUCAUGAAUAUAUUCAUGUGGGGCAUCCAGAAAUUACUCUUUCCAUUGAGAUAUACCACAACAAAAAAAGAUGGAUUAAGACCCAGGAAUUCUUGGUCGUAGGACAACAAGCAUUGACUGAACUGAGAGAUAAAAUCUACUGUGUAACAGACCAUGUCAUGCAAAAGGCAGGGCAGUAUGAUCCUUCAGGAUAUUUUCUCAUAGAGGAUGUUUUUUGCAAUGAUUUGAGGGAUCCAUCUGCAAUAGAUUAUAGCGAGCCUAUAUUUGAUUGGCUAAGAAACAAUGAAGAAGAAGUUAGCAAAAAAUGGGAUUGUAUAAUUACUGGAGAGUUGCAACAAAAGCAGAAGGCAGUUAUUGGUAAUGUUACAGUCUCACAGUUGCCCCAUUUCAAAGCAGUGGACAUGCAUAAGACGCGGUUUUGUGAUUUGAAAUUUCGCAUUGGCAAUGGCUAUCUAUACUGCCACCAGGGAGACUGCAAGCACACAAUAGUCAUACGAGACAUGAGGCUUCUUCAUCCAGAGGACGUGCAAAACCAGGCAGCUUAUCCAAUUGUCAUAUUUCAACUGAAACCUCGGGUGCAAAAAUGCUAUGUUUGUAAUAUUUAUAGAGCCACAAAGGUGACUGCAGAUGACAAGUGGGCUCAGGGGAAUCCUUGCUAUUUUUGUGAGAAUUGUUAUUACCUUCUGCACUAUAAGGAUGGUUCUCUGCUGUAUAGUGACUUCUCAGUAUAUGAUUAUCUGCAUGACUAAUUGCUAUGAUGUGAUAUAGAAUUGCCCCCUCUGUUUUUUAAACUGGUUUUGAAAGUUAAUUAGAUUAUUAUAGUUCGAGGGCAA